AUGGAGGAUAACAACAACUCCAUUCCGGCCGACACCUGCUCAGACCUCAUCACCCGAGCAUUUGUCGCAAACAAAAUGUCUCCUUACGCCCGUGUGUCGAGCCAUUACUGCUACCCAAAGACGCAGAGUAUGUUCGAUAACCCGACCGACCCCAACGAUGAGUCUGCCUCCAUGACAAACAGUGCGAGGUCCGCCUUCUCAAGCAUGGACUCGGUGGCGACCACACAUAUCGACAAUGGAUUCAGCUUCAUAUGGCCGGAAUCCGAUGAGGUCACCACGCCGCGUCAGCUCGCGCUCUCGUCACAAACGGAGGACCAGGACGCUAGGCUCCUUAAGGUUAUCAAAACACUGUUUACGCAAGGCAUAGUCGACGUAUUCCGCAAAUACAUCGACGAGUUGGUCAAGAAGGAUAUUAAAACUAUGAUUGUACAAAAGGACACAGAGAAAAUUCACCUCGACGUUGAUUCGUUACGCACGCGCAUCUUCGCCGUGCUUAGGAAGUGCCUCACAAACAACACGGAAGUGAACGUCGUUCACAUAUUCGAGGCGAUUAGGGAAAAAUACACCACCACCCUUACGGAUGAUAUUCCCAGCUUUGGAUCCAUUACCCACUCCAAUGGAUAUUGCAAGCCAUGCGUGUUCGCAAAUAAGGCGAUCAACUCAUGCAAAAACGGCGCAGAUUGUAACUUCUGUCAUUUCAAACACAGGAUCACUCGCAGAAAAAACGCAGCCCGCGAGGCUCAGGAAAUUGCAAAAUUAGGGAAAGACCCCUUGAACAAAAAGCACAGCUGGGCUUGUAUAACACCAUCGAAAUUGCAGGGAUACCUACCAAACGCACUGCCGGGUAACAAAUCCAACAGACAAUCAACUCAAGUCGUAGACAACAUGGACGUAUUCAGCUUAACAGGUAAGCAGACGUCUUGA